AUGGCUAAGCGAGUUCUGACGGCCGCAAUCACACUACGUACUAUCAUAGCGGAUCCACUUGCCUUUGGAAUUUGCUAUGCGCCAUGGCAUCAUGCUAAUGUCAAUCCUGACGUCGUUGGGAAAGACUUUAGUCAAAUUAAGCAAUAUUUCUCCAGUGUUCGAACGUUUCAAUCUCUUUUUGGUGGCGUGAACGUAAUCAACGCAGCUGCUGCAGCAGGAAUUAAAGUAGCUGUUGGAGUGCAACUUACAGAUCCAGCACUGAUUGAUGCUGAGAUUCAGGCUGUAUGCGAAGGGUUUAAAGCUAAUCCUGGCGCUGUUGAAGCUGUAUACGUGGGGAACGAGAAUCUUAAAAACAAAGAUUUCGGGACAUUCACUGCGAAUCAACUUAUUGAGUUUAUUACACGUGUUAAAGCAUGCGUCGGCUCAACCCCAGUUGGAUCAGUACAACGUAUUAAUGAGUGGCUUUCGGCUGAAGGAGCGUCUGCGCUCUCUGCAGUGUGUGAUCAUAUUGGUGUCAAUAUUUAUCCGUUCUUUACGAAUGGUCAACAAAAGGCUGUGGAGAAAUUGCAGACACAAUGGGAGCAAGUCGCUGCCAAAUAUGAUUCAUCGAAGCUACACGUGACUGAGACAGGAUGGCCGACACAAGGGGAGAAUUACGGUGCGAAUGCUCCAUCAAAAGACGGGAUGCAGCAGUAUUUUAAUGAUUAUGUGAUGUGGUCCAAGAAUGUUCCAAGGAGCUACUGGUUUAUGAUGUACGACACGACUAAGAGUUACACAGGCGCUGAGUAUGAGAAACACUUUGGCAUGUUUACUUGCGAUGGCAAUCAAAAAUUAACGAUUCCAAGCGGCAAUGGUGUACCGAGUACAACGAGUCCGCCACCAUCACCAAAUCCACAACCAGGAGCUACACCACCUGGCGUGAGCCCAUCUGUUACUCCUAGCUUAGAUUUUAAGCAAGAUAAAGUUGGUAAUGAUGCUGGAACUGUCACUCCAUACCUUGGUACCUGUACGCAAGUAGUAUCAUCUGGAGACGCUGCAGUUGGAAUUAAAAUUGUCACGGACACCAGCUGUGCAAAUGGAGGAGGCGCGGGAUGCAUUGGCGACGUGUGUCGAUUCUGCCAAGAAAGACCCACAGAGCAGAGUUCGAAAUUUAUCACGUGCACGGAGAUUGAAGGAAAAAAAAGGCUGCGUUAA